AUGGCAAGAUACACUGAUGCAGUAUGCCGAAAGUGCCGCCGUAUAGGGGAGAAAUUGUUCCUCAAGGGCGAGCGCUGCUACACGCCCCGAUGCGCGGUGGAGAGGCGCAGGAAGCCACCCGGAAACAGCAUUCCGCGGCGUAGGCGCUCCUCGGACUGGGCGCUCCAGCUUCGCGAGAAGCAGAAGGCGCGCUUUACCUAUGGAGUACUCGAGAAGCAGUUCAGAAAGUACUUUGAGAUGGCGCGCGACAACCCAGGCGUUACGGGCGACAGCCUGCUUCAACUGCUUGAGACUCGGUUCGACAAUGUCGUGUUCCGACUGUCCUUCGCUGAGUCGCGGCAGCACGCGCGUCAACUGGUGAACCACAGCCACUUUACGGUAAACGGCAGAAGGAUGGACAUCCCAUCGUAUCUCGUAAAGCCGGGCGAUGUUAUUGAGUGGAAGAAGGGCGGCAACAACGGUAGUGUGCCGGAGUUCAUCCAGGUGCUGACCGACGGCCCACCAAAGCGCACCGUGCCCAUCUGGCUGAGGGUCGACUCCGGCAAGCGCGCCGGCGAGAUGGUUGCGCUUCCGGACCCGUCCGAGAUCGACACCAACAUCGACGUGCGCUUGGUUGUGGAGUUCUACUCGAAGUAG